AUGGCGUUGGCUUUAGGAAACGCUAUUGUUCUUCCCCUCUCAAACUUCAAACCUUCUCCGAAGCUAUCUUCUUCUUCAUCUUCUUCUUCCUUUUCUGUCACAAAACUCUUCUCCAUUUCCUCCAUCAAUGCUUCUCCAACGCCAAAACGCACCUUCCCCUCCGUUCGAGCCACCUCUUCUUCCUCCUCCUCCUCCUCUUCCUCCUUCGGCUCUCGCCUCGAAGACACCAUCAAGAAAACCGUUGCGGAUAACCCCGUCGUUGUUUAUUCCAAAACCUGGUGCUCCUAUUCUACUGAGGUGAAAUCCCUCUUCAACAAGCUCGGCGUCAAUCCUCUGGUCUUCGAAUUAGACGAAAUGGGUCCUCAAGGGCCACAGUUGCAUAAGAUGUUGGAAAGGAUCACAGGGCAGCACACCGUGCCGAAUGUUUUUAUUGGUGGCAAACACAUUGGCGGCUGUUCAGACACCCUGAGGCUGUACCGGAAAGGAGAACUUGAACCGUUGCUAUCAGAAGCUAAUGCUAAAAAACCAGGGAGCUAA